AUGGUUUCCGUCCCGUUUCUCACGUCUGCGCCCGGAAAGGUUAUCAUUUUCGGCGAACACUCCGCCGUGUACCACAAGCCCGCCAUUGCCGCAGCCCUGUCCCUUAGAACGUAUCUUCUGGCAUCCAGAGACAACGACAACACCGACACGCUGUUUCUGGAAUUUCCGGAUAUCCAGUUCAGCUACAAAUGGGCGACCAGCGACCUGCCGUGGCACCUCUUUGACGAACACUCGCGCGAAAGACAGCCGCCGGCCGACGAGGAGCUGAACCCGGAGCUCGUGGACGCGCUGAACUCGCUGCUGUCCAAGAUCGACUCGCGCAUCCAGUACAGCGCCGCGUUCAUGUUCCUGUACCUGCUGGUGUCGCUGUGCGAGGAGAAAGACGUGGCAGGACUUACGUUUACGGUUCGGUCCACGCUGCCCGUGGGCGCCGGGCUUGGAUCGUCCGCGUCGGUGUCUGUGUGCUUUGCGAGCGCGUUCUGCUACCUGGGAGGCCACAUCCAGGAGCCUACGCUGAAGGCAGACGACGUCACCGUCAAGGACUCGGAGCAGUGUCUGUUGAUCGACGCGUGGGCUCUCAUGGGAGAAAAAUGCAGCCACGGCAACCCGAGUGGCAUCGACAACGCAGUGGCCACGCACGGAGGAGCCGUGAUGUUCCAGCGAAUGGAGUCCUCGGUGCCGAGUAUCCGCACCUCGAUGCGCAACCUGCCGCCGCUGAACUUGCUUCUCACCAACACCAAAACCCCGCGCAGCACCGCUGCUUUGGUGGCCAACGUCUCAAAGAUAGUGACCGAGUUCCCCAAACCGUCUGGACUGAUUCUGGAAACGAUGGAGGCCAUCGCAAGAGAGGCAUACACACUGAUGCUCCGGCCGUUCCUGGACAAACAGUCCAAAGACAGACUCAUGGAGCUCAUCCGACUGAAUCACGGGCUGCUUGUGUCGCUUGGCGUGUCGCACCCGAAUCUAGAAAGGGUCAAAUUAUGGAGUGACGAGCUACAGAUCGGACAAACAAAACUCACGGGUGCUGGUGGGGGCGGCUGCGCAAUCACGCUCAUUGACGAUGAUGCCGCAACGCCCGAAAAAUUGCAGCAGCUGGAAGAGAAGUAUAAUCAGGCCGGGUUCGAGACCUUCAAGACCACGCUGGGAGGCAAAGGUGUGGGGCUGCUGACGGAGAUUACCACAAUCACGUCGGAGAAACUUUGCCGCCUGCAUAAUAGAAACGAAAUAGAGGCCGCUGUCGGCUGUUCAGCCCUCCCACAAUGGCGAUACUGGUAA